AUGAAUUCAUUGAAACAAGAAGAAGUCAACGAUGGUGGUAGGCGAGUACCAUUACUCGAUAAUGAUGAUGGCAAUGACAACAAUACUUAUCAAACUCAAUCGUCUUCAGGGUCAUAUUGUAUCACCACUCGAUAUGUCGUGGCUGUUUGGGUCUUUUUCGGCUUUUUUUGUUUGUAUUCACUUCGAAUUAAUUUGUCUGUCGGCAUUGUGGCCAUGACAUUACCGCAAAGUGUUACAAAUGAAUCAAUUCAAGCGUGUCCAUUCACUGAUAAUAAUAAUAGUAAUAAUAAUAAUAGUUCAUCACAAAUGAUAUCUAUCGAAGGCAAAUUGGAUUGGUCACCAAAAACACAAGGUUACGUUUUGAGCUCGUUCUUCUAUGGUUAUCUACUCACACAAAUCAUAGGAGGUAAUCUCGCCGAACAAUUUGGUGCCAAAUGGAUAUUUGGUGGUAGUAUUCUAGGUGCUGGCAUUCUAACAUUACUAAUACCACUUGCUGCUCGAAUUCAUGCUGGUGUACUUAUUGCUAUUCAAAUAUUGAAUGGCGCAUUUCAAGGUCCAGCUUUUCCAAGUAUCGCUGCAUUGUGGGGCCGAUGGAUUCCUCCAUUCGAACGAAGUAUUGUCCCACCCGCAGCUUCUGCAGGCAAAGAAUUCGGUGUUGCGAUUAUAACUCCAUUAGUUAGUCUACUCUGUGCGUCAACAUUUUUAGGUGGAUGGCCAUCGGCUUUUUAUGUCACCGGUCUAUUUGCGUGUGUCUGGUUCAUUGGAUGGUGUUUUUUUGCGUACAAUUCACCUUCAGAACAUCCUCGUAUAGCAUUCGAGGAAAAAACAUUUCUUCUUCAAUGUGUACCAAAGCCAAAAAAGAUUCGUACACCUUGGUUUCAUAUUGCUACUUGUAUACCACUUUAUGGAAUUGCAAUCAAUCAUAUUUGCUACAAUUUUGUCUAUUAUAUAUUGCUUACUUCACUGCCGACAUAUUUCUCGACAAUUCUACGAUUCGAUUUGCGACGGAAUGGAUUAGUAUCUGCUAUUCCCUUUAUGUUUCACCUCUUGUUUGCUAUUGUCUCGGGUCAAAUAGCUGACCGAGUACGAAGAAAAAGAAUCCUAUCGACAACAGUCACAAGAAAAUUACAAACUAUCAUCGGCGCUUGUGGAACAUCUGUGUUUCUUGUCCUAGUCGGUUAUAUCGGAUGUAAUCAUACAUUGGCCGUUGUCUCUAUUAUUCUUGCCAUUGCAUUCAUGGGUUUUCAAAAUUCUGGUAGUAUCAUUUCAUAUUUGGAUAUUGCAAAUAAUUAUGCAGGUACACUCUGCGGAAUUACCAAUACAUUGGCUACGAUUCCAGGCUUUGUGGGACCAACGUUUGUCGGUUGGAUAACAAAUAAGAAUCAAACAAUUAAAGCAUGGCGUAUCAUCUUCAAUGUCUCAUCCGGUAUAGGUCUUGUUGGAUGUCUUGUAUAUUGUCUUCUCUUCAAUGGCGAAGAACAAGAGUGGAAUCGACUCAACCAGACACAAGCUACCAAAAGCGCGCAUAAACGCACCAAAAAGCAAAUUUCGGCUGCUUAA